GUCCUCCUGUUGAACCUGAGCAGGGCCCUGUUCUGCUGCCCGGCCGGAGCACAUGCUCCUCCUCUCUAAGGCAAUGCAGAGACCCUCACUGUCUCCCAGCAAUGUCUAAACUCAGCUCUCUGGCCUGCCCCGGGACUCCAACUGUGACCCACAGGAGGAGAAGGACGCCGAGGAGAGCUCCCUGAGACAUUCAGGGCUCCGUGGUCAGAGCUAGCCAUGAGGAGAACUUGCACAUGCAUUUACCACUUCCUUGCUUGGAGCUGGUAUCUUUUUCUCAAUUACUACAUCUCGCAGCAAGGAGGGGACCAGCGGAAAUCCAAAAUCUUUCUAAAUGGUGGACAGUGGAAAUACUUGACCUUCCUAAAUCUGCUCUUGCAGGCCAUUUUCUACGGGGUCGCCUGCGUGGAAGAUGUGCUGAAAAGAAUUAAAGGGGAAAGAGACCUUAAGUUCGUGACCGCCUUCAGAGACCUGCUUUUUACCACGCUGGCUUUUCCAAUAUCCACAUUUGUAUUUUUGUCAUUCUGGAUCCUCUUUCUCUACGAUCGAGAGCUCGUUUACCCGAAGGCCCUAGAUGAUAUCUUUCCAGAAUGGUUGAAUCAUGCAAUGCACACAUCCAUACUGCCCUUCUCGCUGGUUGAAGUCAUCCUCAGGCCACAUUGCUACCCACUGAAGAAGAAAGGACUCACCUUGUUGGCUGUGGCCAGCCUCGCUUACAUCAGCAGGGUCCUAUGGAUCUACUCUGAGACCGGUACGUGGGUGUAUCCUUUGUUUGCCAGACUCAGCCCUGUGGGGCUGACAGCCUUCUUCUCCCUCAGCUACAUCUUUACUGCCAGCAUUUAUCUACUUGGAGAGAAGCUCAACCACUGGAAAUGGGGUGACGUGAUCCAGCCAAGGAAGAAGAGGAAGUGAUCACAGGCCAUUUUUUAAGAACAAAAGAGGAAGAAAACAUGAGAUACUUCUCUUUUCUUUUUUCUUUUUUUUUCUUUUCUUCUCUUUCUGGUUGGCGGGGAGGUGAUCGAGUCAGAUAGGAAGGCAGAAAGGACAGAGGAUGAUAUUAAAUUUAAUAGGAGGGUUUCUGAAGGUAGCUUAAUUUGGGGACUCUUCGUUUUUUGAAAGGUUUUACUGGACAGUUGUUCAAAAACAACUGCUGUCUCAGAAUUCGUUCCCUUCUUCUGGCCUCUGCAGUCAAAAUCUGGCCAAAGGCCAAGGAGAUUUGCAUAAACUUGGCGUUAGAGAAUGCCUAGGAGAGAGAAAGCAACUUAGGGUCGUCAAAACUCUUCACUUUGGAGAGGAGGGUGCUGAGGACCUAGAUAAAAAGUAACCUGCAUGAGGGCCAAAGACAAUAGCAUUUGUCCCCCCGAUCUUCUAAUUCUCAGGCCAGUGCCAUUUUUAAUAAGCCCAACUUUCCUAAAAGCAAGUAUUUUCGUAAACUAGUCAUUUUCACGGAUUGCUCAUCUAUUUUGUUUUCCACAGUCUAGACAUAAAUUUAGGGAGACGGGUGCUGCCGAAGUUGUCUGUCCGCCUCACAGGAUAGCAAACUGGUGCAAUGAGACAGUUAAGUUGUAAAAAAAAAAAAUAUGGGGACAUCUGUCCAUCUUGGGAGCGAGCAUCUGGGGCAGGUCCAAAGACGGGACAUAGCAAUGUCAUCAACAUCUCUUCCAUUCAAAUGUGGAUUACUUCAUCAAAUAAAUGUACCUCUUACUUGGGGA